AGGCAGGACAGCACUAAGACACUGCUGAUAAAGAGUGAGCAGCUGCUGAGGAUCGAGGAGCACGACUUCGCCAUGAGGCCGGGCUUCGGAGGCGCAGCCAUCCCCGUGGGCAUCGAUGUGCAGGUGGAGAGCAUCGACAGCAUCUCAGAGGUCAACAUGGACUUCACCAUGACUCUGUACCUGCGUCACUACUGGAAGGACGAGCGUCUGGCGUUUCCAUCACGGACCAAUCGGAGCCGGACGUUCGACUCGCGGCUGGUGAAGAAGAUCUGGGUCCCCGACGUCUUCUUCGUCCACUCCAAGCGCUCCUUCAUCCACGACACCACCAUGGAGAACAUCAUGCUGCGAGUUUACCCCGACGGGAACAUCCUCUACAGCGUCAGGGUCACGGUGACGUCGCUCUGCUCGAUGGACUUCAGCAGCUUCCCUCUGGACACACAGAACUGCUCACUGGAGCUGGAGAGCUAUGCGUACAAUGAGAAUGACCUGAUGCUCUACUGGAAGAACGGGAACGACUCUCUGCGGACCGAUGAGAUCGUCUUGUCUCAGUUCUUCAUUGAACAUUUUCAGGCCUCCAGCGGCCUGGCCUUCUACAGCAGCACUGGUUGGUACAACCGUCUGUUUAUUCACUUCAUCCUGCAGAGGCACAUCUUCUUCUUCAUGCUGCAGACAUACUUCCCCACCAUGCUGAUGGUCGUCCUGUCCUGGGUCUCCUUCUGGAUCGACCGGAGGGCCGUCCCCGCACGCGUCUCUCUGGGUAUAACCACAGUGCUCACCAUGUCCACCAUCAUCACCGGAGUGUCCUCCUCCAUGCCUCAGGUGUCCUACGUGAAAGCGGUGGACAUCUACCUGUGGACCAGCUUCCUGUUUGUCUUCCUGUCCGUCAUCGAGUACGCGGCGGUGAACUACUGCACCACUCUGGAGGAGAUGAGGAAGAUGAAGAGGGGGAAGAUCCCGUCCACCUUCAACGCCAGCCAGGCGAUGGCCUUCGACGGCUGUUUCCACGACAACGACAUCGAGCUGACUCCGUUCUCCCGCGCGCGCACGUUGACCUCCGACCCCAUCGUCGCGGCGACCCGGGCCCCGGACCUCCGGCCCUCGGAGGGGACCCGCCUCCGCCGGCAGCGGUCGGUGCGUGAGAACGUGGACCUGUUCGUCAGCAACAGCUACGUGAUCGACUCGUACUCCCGCCUGGCCUUCCCUCUGUCAUACCUGCUCUUCAACACCAUCUACUGGUGCCUGUACUCCUGAUGCAGACAGAGAGCAUGCU